UUGCCGUUUAAAUAACACUAUAUAAAAAGAAGUAAAUAAUGUAUUUGUUUUAGAUGUUUUAAAUACCAAUAAUAAUUUAAUUCUUUAAUAUCUCCACUACAAAUAAGUUUUAUUUUUCAGAUAAUGUAGAAACAGAAUUGAUAGAACUUAGAGCAUUAACUCUCGUCGUUGUAAAUAACAUAAUUUUACUCCAUUUUGAGCAGCCCUUUUGAUAUUUAGGUUCGAUAUAUUGACAUUAGUGAAGUCGAUUUUUUGAAGUUUAAAGAUACCAUAACAAAUCGAGUUGUACAUCCUUACCUAGUAAAAAUAAAACGAGUUGUUUUGAUUUUGCGGGUGUCUAUCAAGAAUAUUUUAUAAUUAUAAUGGAAAUAAAUAAAAGUCAAACUAAUUGAAUGUAAACAUUGUGAAUAUAAUAAGUAUUUCUAUUACGUAUUUCUUGAAAACCCUGUUCAAAACUACGCGUUUUACAUUCUUCUUUUGAAGCAAAGAAUCAGAAAUCGUGUCUGAAUUCGUCCAUUCUUUAAACUUUAAUUUGGUAGGUAAACGACGUAUAUAUCUACACAAAUAUUACUUUUUUCAAUUAUUAUCAUCUCCUAAUUUGUUCUUCCGUUUGAGUAUUGAUAAAUCCCAACCCGUUUAAACAUAUGUUUAAGUUUCAGACACUAUAAAAUGGAAAUAUCACAAUUAUGUCGAAGUUGCAUGAAAGAGUUAUUGAUGUGGGAAAACGAUAAUAUAGAUUACAGAAUUCUAGAAAUGUUUUAUUAUUGUACCAAUAUUAAGAUUUUGGAUGAUGAAAAACUGCCAAAGCAAUUUUGUAAUGAUUGUAUCAUUAGGUUAGAAUCAUCUUUUGCAUACAUUACCGAAGCUCAAAAAGCAAAUGUUACUCUCAGAAACAUAAUAUCAAGAACUGAAAAUAGUGUCAUAGUAGAACCAGAAAACUAUAACAACAGAAUCUUAGCAGAUAAAAAUUAUGCAGAUAAUAUAAAUAUAACACCUAGUUCUGAUGCAAACUUCAAUGAACAAACCCUUGAUAAUGUAACAAGUGAAAUGGACAGACAUAUAGAUACAUCAGAAUUUCCAAAAACAUUUGAAGAAGCAAACAUUACAAAUACUGAAUGUGAUGAUACAUUAAAAAAGUCAAAUAGGACUGUUAAUGAUAUAAACAAUACAGAAGGAACUAAAAAGAAUAUUUGCCCUGUAUGUAGAAAGACUUUUACUUCCAAAACAUGGUUCUCAAAGCACAUGGAAAAGGAGCAUACAGGCCAAAAAUACACAUGCAAUUACUGUGAGAAAACAUUUGCCAAACCAUCUCAGCUAAAGUGUCACUUAAUAUCGCACUCGGAUGAACGCAAAUUCGCUUGUGGCACUUGUGGGAAACGUUUCAAGUGCAAUAAGCAGUUGUCUGUACAUAUGCGGUCACACAAUGAUGCUAGGCCAUAUGCUUGUGACAAGUGCAAUAUGAGGUUUAAAAAAUGCAAUAUAUUAAAGUGCCAUAUGAAAGUUCAUGAGAAUCACAAACCAUUCCUGUGUUCCUUUUGUGGAUGGAGUUUUGCUCAAGCUGGUAACCUAGAAGUGCAUAUCCGUCGACACACGGGUGAGAAGCCUUAUUUUUGUGGGGAGUGUGGGUUUCGCGCCGCCGCCGCGUCCAACUUGCGGCGCCACCAGCGUGCUCACACGCGCGCGACUCAUCACAUUUGUCACACUUGCGGGAAGGGGUUCUGCGAUGCUAGUUCACUGUGCCGUCACUCGCGCACGCACACGGGCGAGCGGCCGUACAUGUGCGCGUGGUGCCCGCGCUCGUUCGCGGACAGCUGGAAGCGCAAGUUGCACCUCAUGCGCGCGCACUCGCUGGCGCUGCACGACGUGCCGCGCAUGCGCAGGGACGGACAGAUCAUACAGUGAACUAUUCAUCGUCCACUAUCGUAUAAAGUACAUAACAAAAAUUGGAUCCUAGGAAGUGAUAGUUUUCAUCGGUAAAGCCUCGAUCACUCUUCACGGUCACAAUGAGGUUUAGAAUUAAUUCUCACCA